GUGAAUUUCCCUUGAGAUCUCGAAGCAAUAAAACAGAAUCGUACUGAUAUUAAAAUAAAAGUGGUAUUUGAAACGUGAAAAAUAAUUGGACCGAAUAUUCAACCUGAAAUCCAAUCGUAAAACGAGCCACAAUGACGAAGGUAAAUCAUUCGAGAGGCGUAAAUCGCAGUAUUUUGAUGCUUUUUGCGUUACAAAUACUCAUUCUCGUGUUAAUGGGACUAUUUACCACUUAUGGCCCCGCAGCCGACGCCAAACGCGUGACGAAUCUUUCGGGAAAAUAUUCUGACAAUGCAACGGAAGAGGAAGAUCCCAUGAGAAUUUACUCGAUGUAUCAAGAUGUUCACGUGAUGAUAUGGAUCGGAUUCGGCUUUCUGAUGACGUUUCUGAGAAAAUAUGGUCAAAGUGCAGUCGGCUUGACCUUUCUCAUCGGCGCUGUACUCGUCCAGGUCGCUUUGUUAUGCGACGGAGUCCUCAACAUCGGGAGCAACGGAAAAGCUGGACUGUCACUCGAAGGGCUCUUGAGCGCUGAUGUGGCUGUAGCUGCUCCGUUAAUCUCGAUGGGUGCUCUACUUGGAAAAACUACGUACAUGCAGCUCAUCUCCAUGGGAGUAAUCGAACUGAUCCUGUACACGUUGAACAAGUACAUCGGGGAGCAUUAUUUUAUGGCAGUUGACGCAGGCGACAGCAUGUACGUCCACGUGUUUGGAGCUUACUUCGGUUUGGCUGCGAGUUUAGCCUUCGGUCUAAAACACAAACCGAAGGAACAUCAUCUCGAAGGAGCAACGUAUCAAUCCGACAUUUUCGCUAUGAUUGGAACCGUUUUUCUAUGGCUUUUCUGGCCAUCGUUCAACAGCGCUUCGCUUCACGGGGACGAUCAACAACGCGCGAUCAUUAAUACGCUACUAUCACUAACUGCGAGUUGCGUGAUCGCUUUCGCAACUUCCGCUCUCGUAACUAAAAACAAUAAAUUCAACAUGGUCCAUGUACAAAACUCGACAUUGGCCGGGGGUGUCGCGAUCGGAACUGCCGCAGGUAUGAUGUGCCAACCGAUCGGUGCUUUGGUCAUAGGGUGUCUGGCGGGUCUUAUAAGCGUCCUGGGUUACAAAUAUUUAACGCCUCUGAUGCAAAAAUAUUUGAGGAUACACGACACGUGCGGGGUUCAUAAUUUGCACGGAAUGCCGGGGGUUUUGGCUGGGUUAUUUGGUGCGUUGAUGGCGGGUUUGGCUGACGAGGAAAAUUACAACGAUUCAUUGUACGAGAUUUUUCCAGCCAGAGCUCCGAAGUCCGGUAAUCGUUUAGCCGAGCUGACAGAUAACGUUGGAAUAACUGCAGGUCUUGAUCGAAGUGCACAAGCUCAAGCUGGAUAUCAACUUCUCACGUUGGUUGUUACGUUGGUGAUGGCACUCGUGUCCGGCCUGAUUACAGGUUUCAUCAUGCGCAUAGAGGCUUGUGGAUCAGUAAGCGAGGAGCACCGCUUUGAUGACAGCGUGCACUGGGAAAUCGAAGACGAAAGUGUUCACGAAAUGUCGAAAAAUCAUGGAGGAAGUUCCAGCGUCGUCGACCAAAUGCCAAUGGCCCAUUUAUGAAAAGAUUCCAUCAAAUAUUAUUUAAACAUUGCCAUUUCCAUUUUUUUUUUUCAAAUCCUCAUUAUCAUUCGAAUGCUGAAUUUGCUGCUGCGAUUCUUGCCGACGAUUAUUCGAUAUCGAUUUCCAAAUUUUUACUUAUCCCACGGGUGGAAAAAACAAUUUUAAAGAAUAUUCUUUUUUUUCAAAAUUUUUAAAUUUAUUAUCGAGAGCGAUUAACAUUGCGGAGAAAAAGAAAGUGGAUUUUUUUUUUAGAAUUAUUCGAAACAGCGACGUUCUCUGCUAAACGUAUCACGAUGGGUCUGGAAGACUUUUGGAAAUAUAUGCUAUUGCAUGAAUUUCAAGAACUAUUUUCUUGAAAUUAGAUAAAAUCGAUAACUCUCAUCAUUGUCUCAAAGAGUAAUUUUAGAAUAUUUUUGAAUUAUACAUAAUGACAUGAUUGGAGCCUCGGAAACUCGCAGUUCAAUGAUGCUCACAAAUAGUUAUAUUCGGUACCCAAAAUUUCAAAGAUCUAAGCAAACUCUCGGUUACAGAGACCCAUGCGUGAUUGUAGAUAAAUAAAACGAUUUGUAACAGGGAAUUGAAUUUUUUAAUAUCUUGAAUGAUUGGAGAAAUUCGAUACCGUCCAAUUUAAUUUCUUCUCGUAAAUAUACAAACCAGAAACCCUCAAACGAAAUUUCGUUUAAAUAUUUAGAGUUUAAUAGUUGGAAUUUUGAGUGUGUCUUCUAUAAAAUUCAUCUGAAUAAAACAAUCUAUAUAUGUAUACAAUAAAUACAAACUACACGACAAAUA